GGUAAGAAAAAUGGAUGAACAGACCGGGAAAACGGCGUCGGCUUUAGCUAUAACGGAGAAGAAGCCUCAUAGGCCUGGUGGUUGUGUUGGCAUUUUCUUUCAACUCUUUAAUUGGAACCGAAGAUUUGCAAAGAAGAAACUUUUCUCCAGAAAAUUACUUCCUCCAGCCCGUACCAAUGCUUCCAAAAAAUUUGGAGGAGAUGAAAAAAUGCCCAGAUCCAAGCUUCAUUUGAUUGCUGGUGAGAACAGUGGGGAUUUUCCAAAUGUGAAGAAGAAUGGUAAACAUAGUAAUGGAGAAAUGGAGCAAAAGCGUGAAAUGCGAGCUCCGGGUUUGGUUGCUAGGCUAAUGGGACUAGAAUCCAUGCCGGCUGUGUAUAGAGAUAAGUCUAAUAAGAAACACCCGGUUUCAGGUAGUAAUUCUGAUGUUAGAGAUGAGAAAAUGGUGAAUGGUCAAAUUAGGGCUAGUGGGGAUGAUUUGGCUUUGGAGAAGAGUAGCAAGAAAAUUGAACCAAGGCCUCAAAAGAUACUGAAGAUAGAGCCAUAUGAUAGACGGGCGGUCACCAGGUUUGGAGCUGAGGCAUUGCAAAUUAAGAGCGUUUUAUCACGAUCAAAAAGGCAUCACCAUCAAAAGUUUGUUUCUCCUGUUAAGAGUCCAAGGAUCUCUUCUGCAAGGAAUGCAUCUAGGGCAUCUAGGUUGAUUGAUGCAGCUGCUAAAAUUCUGGAACCUGGGUUGCAAGCGACAAAUAGAGCGAAAUUUGCUCUUGCUUAUUCGAGUUCUAUGCAUUAUUCAUCUAAAAAUGGGGUUGUAACUGAGGGAAUUGGGGUUGUGUCACCAGAUUUGUUGAAACAAUCUGCUUGUAAUGUUAGUCAUGCCAAGCCUUUGAUGGGCCAGACAUCUUGCAGGAACUGUGGCAGUUUGCUUGAUGUUGUGGAGUCUGGAGGAAAGUUGGAGGGUCAGCCAUUUGUUUGUCCAUCCUUUGCUCCAAAUUUCAUAGAUGCUUCUUCUCAAGGAUUUGAAAAGAAUUGGCCAAGGUCUUCCCCAUCCUCAUUUUGUCAAGGGAAAGAGAUAAUUUUUCAGAGAAGCCAUGACCAACCCUUAUCUUUUACUGGUCAAGAAGAGAACAGUGUACAGUCCUGUAAUGAAUCCAAUACGUUUAAAAAUCCGCUAUCUCCUGAAGCUCAAGCUCGAUGGCAUUUGGCAAGCCAGCCAGGCAAACCUCAAAAGAAUGGAAAGUCUGCUUUUGCUUUCAAGCCCAAGAAUCAAAGUCAAAAUCAUAUAUCACUAGACAGGGAUAGAAUCCCAGCAACAGCUAAAGUAAGUAAUCUUCAAAGUAGGAGAGCUGCUUCUGCUGCAAAGGCUGUUUGUGGAGCCAAAGAUAUUAUUGCCCUGAACGGAAGUUUAAGUGCUCGCACCAGACAUAGAGUGCCAAUCAAAGUGGAUAGUUCUCCUAUUGACAUUGGGAGAAAAUCUUGCAGCGACCGAGAUGGUUCUUUGUCUCAGUUAAGGUCACCAGUAAGAAAGCGGAGAACAAUUAGUGUUAAUGGGCAAGCUGAAACUGCAGGUUUCAUCAAUUCAGCAAAUGGAAAAGAAAGAAAUGUGAAAUGCAAUUCAGCGACUAAAAGAGAAAUGAUGCAUGGUGCUCGCACCAUGGACUGGACAUGUGUUAAAAGCAGAUCAACAAGCCGGGAAACUGGUACUGGAGCCAAGGGCAAAAAUGACUCUGAUAUUGUUUCAUUCACAUUCAGUUCCCCAUUAAAGCAAAACCAUGUCAUUUCCAUGGGAUUGAAGGAUAAAAGAAAGUAUCAAAAUGACAUUAAUUGUAAAAGCGCUUCUCUCCAAAGAAGUGAAAUAUUUGAAGACAAUUUUGGAGAAACAUCUUUGCAGAAGAACUUGCCACUGACAGGAGAUGCUCUAAGUGUUCUUUUGAAACAAAAGUUGAAGGAAUUGACUUCUCAAGAGGGGGAUGAAGUGAUAUCAGAUUGUACUCUACCAAAGAGAUCAACUGCCAUGAUUCUGCAGGAGUUAAUUUAUGCUUUAACUUCAGAGCAGCCUAACUCUCAGAAUGGUCACCUGUUCAAUUCAGAUGUGGGUUUCCAGACUGAAGCAAAGGCUGAAGGGACUUUAGUUGGAUUGGUGAGCCAUGGCGAUCAUUUUAGCCCCGGUUCUGUUUUUGAAGCUUCAUUUUCAAAUGAUAGUUGUGUUUCCAGCAGCCUAGAUGAAAGCUUAGGACAUAGAUUGCAACUGGAUUCCAUGGAUUACUCAUAUGAUGAACCACAACCAACAGAACGUGAUGCAGAGCUUCUGGAUUCUGCAACUUCAUUGGACAAAGAGAUGAAUGGUAAUGUGAUGAUAGCCGAUCUUGUCAACCGAAUUUCUGUUAUGUUGCAAGUCUUAAGUAAUUUUGGUCUUGGAAUAUCUGGAGACAAACUUAUCCAUGUAAAGGAGGCUAUCUUGAAAGCAGAACUGUUGUUUGGGAAUGUGACUCCCCAUGAAUCAGAUGGGACAGAUGAUUUUCUGCUAGGGCCCUACGUACAUGAUGAAGUUGAAACUCUUGCUGGUUCUAUGUGUGUAGAUUUUAAUUCUCUUCUUCACUUUGAUCAGACCAAAGAAAAUAAUCAGCUUCGAGGAUUUUUGUUUGACUGUGCAAUAGAGUGUUUAGAUUCCAAGUACGGUAGAUACUGUAACUCCGGAUUUGCAGCAUGGAGAAGUCUGCCAUUGUGCAUGAACUCGGGGAAGCUGAUUCAAGAUGUUGCGGAGGAAGUUAGAAGGUGUACAAAGUUGGCUGGGAUGGUUCCUGAUGAAUUAAUAGAAUGGGAGAUUAGUUAUUCACUUGGAAAAUGGACGGAUUUUGACAUGGAGGCAUAUGAAACAGGUGCUGAAAUUGACUGGGAUAUUCUUCAAAAUUUAAUCCAGGAACUUGUACUAGACUUGGUUUUCCCUUGAAUUUUAUACAGGCCCUGUGAUUUGUGAGUAUCUUUUGUAAAUCAUGUUGACAUGCUACCACUUAAUUCUCUAUUGUGAUCAAAUCAAGAUGGUAAAUUUUUGUCCAAAGGAGUCAUGGAUGGGAUGGUAUUGUUG